AUGACUAACAUUAUUGAACAAUCAAUUAUUAUUAAUCACCUUACUUAACCAUAAAAGUAAAAUAAUCCAAAAAAAUCACCUUUGCAUUCCAAUCAAAUACCAUUAACCUCUAAAAAUAAUUCAAGCUGGCAAAGCAGCAAAGCAAAUAUAUUUGAUAUUCAGAAUCAUAAUAAUGUGAAUUAAUAAGAUUAAGAAAAUGUUACUAAUAUAUUGAGUAGCUCUGGCGAUUUAUCAUAAGCCAAUGCCAAAGAGAAUGAUACAAAGUUUGAUGGAAAGCAAAUAUUAAAUGAGGUGAAUCAUAAGUAACCCUUUUCUUAAUAAGAUUUAUUAGAAAUUUAGACAGGGAAUUAAGAAAAAUUAUCACCUCAAUUAAUUUUCACGAAUAUUGAUAACUCUAUCCGCAAUUAAAUUGAAUAACACAAGUAGGUUAUGUUAUAAAUUGGCAAUAAAAACUAAAAUCAAAAUAAAUAACAAACUGUUUAGGUAGUAGAAUAAUAAGCAAUUCAAUAAGAAGUUGUUAAACCAAAACCACUUGAUAAGCAAAUGGUUAGAAAUUUGAAAGAGAUUUUUUUAUUUUAUUCAAAAUAAUCAAUCACUGCAAAUAAAUACAACACCUUUGAAAAAUUGUAAUAAUUGUCAAACAUAAUGAUUUUGCAAAAGUUUAUGUUUUUUUGCAAAGAUUUUGAACUCAUAGAUUUAGAAAUUACUAAUGAUUUGAUCCUUAAGUUAGGUGGUAAAUUGGAUAUAAUUAUUAAUAAGCAUAAAAAUCAGUUUAAAUUCAAUCAUAAGUAAAACUUUAUAGUAACUAAAUUUAAUUUAGUUGAAAUAUAUAAAAAAAAUGCAAAUCCCUAAAUGGAAUUGACAUAUGAAAAUUUUUAAAUGGUUAUUAUCAAACUUGCUUAAUUAACCUUUCCAGAACAGAAUGAUUUAUUUUAUAAUUAUUUGGGUUUAAAUGAUCCAAAAUAAUAUAGAAGGAAAAUGUAAAUAAUAGGUAAACCAUUUAACUCUAAAGAACAUAAUGAAAUUCUAACACAAGAAAAACUUUAUGAAAGAAAAAUUUUCUUUAAUCCAAAACCAAAAGCAAGAUUUGAAAGUGUCAAAAAAGAAAGACACACUAUUGAGAUUCAUUUUCCAAAGGUAAAUCUGACUGAAAGAUGCAGAAUUAAAUAAAAAUAAAUUGAAACGGUUUAAAAGGAUGGAAGCUAUAUUAAUUGGGAUGAUCUAAAUGAUUUACAAUAGCAGUUUGAUCCUAAAUAAUUCAUUUUAGAAUAAGACUUAAGUGAUAAAGAAGAUGAUUUUUAUUUAAAAGAGUAUGCGAAGCAUGGAUAAAAUGAUAAAGAGAAAAUAUAAGAUAAGAUAAUUAAAUUAAAAGAACUAUUUGUUAAAUCUCCUCAAAUUUCUCUAGAGAGCAAUAAAUUAAGUGCUUAUCAUAAUAAAAGAAAAAAAAAUAUGUUGACAACCGAAGUUACCAGACAUUCAAAUAACAAAUCAUUUGAUUUGUAUGACAUCUCUUAAAAAAAGACAUCAUUAGGAUAAUCCCCUCAAAAUGUAGAACUCACAAAUUUGGAAAAAUAAUGUGAAACUUACAGAAUAUUCUUGAAUUAAUAAUCUAAUAGAGAAAGAAUGGUUAAUAAGAAAAAUUAAUUUUGA